AUGUGGAUUCAUUUGGUUGUGCUUGCGGCACUCGCUGCGGUUUACUGGAUCCGGCAGCGACUCUCCUAUUGGAAGCAUCGUGGCGUCGCCUUCGUCGAGCCUUCGUUUCCCCAGGGUAACCUGGGGGGGCUGGGCAAAACGCGCCACAUGUCCCAGAUAUUGCAGGGCUGCUACGAACAGCUGAAGAGCCGUGGACCGUUCGGUGGUGUGUUCUUCUUCAUCAACCCGGUCGCUCUGGUUACCGAUCUAGAUCUAGUCAAGGCGGUGUUGGUGAAAGACUUUGCCACCUUCCACGACCGAAGCCUGUACCAUAAUCCACGUGAUGACCCGCUGUCCCAGCAUCUGGUCGCGAUGGAGGGUUCCAAGUGGAAGAACCUCCGAGCCAAGCUAACGCCCACGUUCACCUCGGGCAAGAUGAAGAUGAUGUUCUCCACCGUGACGUCGGUGGCUGAGGAGUUCACCAAGUGUCUCACAGGAGAAAUCGCUAGCAGUAGUGGUGUGGAGAUGAAGGACCUACUGGCCCGGUUCACUACCGACGUCAUCGGUACGGUGGCAUUUGGGCUCGAGUGUAACAGUCUCAAGGACGCUAACGCACGGUUCCGCGUGAUGGGCCGUAAGGUGUUCGAACCGUCGCGCUACCGAGCGAUGAAAACCUUCCUGGCGGCUCAGUUCCCACAGCUAGCUCGGACGCUCCACGUUGCUCUCACACCGGCCGACAUUGCGGACUUCUUCAUGGGCGUUGUGAAAGACACGAUCCAGUUUCGGGAGACCAACGAUGUGCAGCGGAACGACUUCAUGACGCUGCUGAUGAAGGUUAUGAAAGAGGACGUGCUCAGCGGCAAGGGAAGUGGUUCGGGCGAUCAGCUCACGAUGGAUGACAUCGCGGCCCAGGCGUUUGUGUUUUUCCUCGCCGGAUUUGAGACGUCCUCCACCACCAUGUCGUUCUGCUUGUACGAGCUAGCCCUCCACCAGGAGCUCCAGGAUAAGGCUCGGGCAAACAUUGAAGAGGUCCUAAAAAAGUACGACUCCAUCAGCUACGAAGCAGUGCACGACAUGAAGUACAUCGAAAUGUGCAUAAAUGAAUCACUCCGGAAGUAUCCACCAGCGACGACGUUGACGCGAAAAGCUAAUCAUAAUUAUCGCGUCGCCGGCACCGACCACACACUACAGCAGGGCCUGAUGGUCGCUGUGCCCGUCUACGCCAUCCAUCACGACCCGGUCCACUUCCCCGACCCGGAACGGUUCGAUCCGGAACGAUUUUCUCCCGAGCAGACCGCCAAACGGCACCCGUUCGCCUUUUUGCCGUUCGGCGAGGGGCCACGAAUUUGCAUCGGCCUUCGGUUCGGGAUGAUGCAGGCACGCAUUGGGCUGGUUUAUCUGCUAAAACACUUCCGGUUCACCCUGGACCAGCAGAAGAUGAGCGUUCCGUUGAAGGUGUCGGCUUCUAGUCCCAUUUUAACGAUCGAAGGAGGGCUCUGGUUGAAGGUACAGAAACUGUAA